AGAAUGGAUAGUGACUCGCAUCAAGUAUCAUCGAGUGCGUCAACAACAAGAGCUGAAAAAUUGGAAUGGAUAAAAAAGCGUCUCCAAGAAAAAUAUGGUUGUCCUGACAAUUCAGAACCCUGUUUUCCUGAAAACCCCACUAGACCCUCAAACUCGGAGGACAACGUUGAAAUUGAAGAGUCAGACUACAGACUUGGAAAUAAGCUAUGGUGUACUUGUAACAAUUGUGAACCAAUGCCAACGCCAGUCGAAUCAAUAUGCUGCCAAGAAGUCUCAAAUAUUGAACCUUAUUUAGAAGAAAUGGGAUGUAUAAUCGAACAUGACUACUUUCAUCAAUUUUGUCAAGAUCGAGGAAAAGUGGAGGUGUCGAUGAGGUCAAUAGGUCAAGUGUUGCAUCCACCCCCGGACAAAGAUUUGAACAGGUUACUCAGAAAAACAGCUUAUCGUGGGUUCACAUCGUGGAUACAUGGCUAUCUUGGCGUGGCCAAAAGAAGACCAAUUCCUUCUUGUGCUGUUUCCGUCAUAAGAAAAGUUUUCCCUGACCCAGAGCAGGAUUAUUGUGGGUUUCUGAUGUUUAGAGAAGAGCCAGCGGAGUAUCUUGCCAUGGAGUAGAUAAAGGGCAUCUGUCAUCAUAAUUGAACCUAUUACAGUGGCUGACCUGUUACGUGUAUACUGGUUCCUUGAUUUUUUUAUUUGUCCAAAAUUCACCAACGAAUUAUGUUGUAGUACACGCAAAUGAGACUCUAUUUGCAACAUUUGGGUCGUCGUUAGACCUCUGCUCUCAUCAUGGAUGCGGAACGGGACACCUUGGAAGCACUACCUUACUGG